AUGCAAACUAAACGUUCUCAGUUUAACAGACAUUUAGGGGGGAAGGUGGACUCUGGAGAAACUUUAAUGCGAUCGAGCUUGCUACACCUGAGGUACGUGUACUCUUCCGAAGAACAACCAUUUCAGAAAACUUCGGUACCCACCCACCUCUCUCUAAAUUUCAACAGGCCUUCAAACAAAAUCCGUCGCGUGUUAAUUCAUUUGUCUUCCCGUAUUAGCCGUGAAUUGGUGCUUACGAAAAAACCAAAUAAGGCUCACAAAGCUCUGGUCGACUUUGAGAAUGCAAUCUCGUCGCAGUCUCCACAGGCUCAAACUUUUUUUGUCCUGACGCAAAAUGUCGACGGCCUGUCGUCAAACAUAAAAAAUCUGGUCGAAAUACACGCUUUGAAAGGAACGGAGAAUAAAAAUUUUGACACCGACAUUCCAAUAGAACAAUUACCAACCUGCUCAAAGUGUCAAGGGUUAUUGAGGCCGGACGUCGUAUGGUUUCACGAACACCUCAGCCAAGAUAUCGCAAGAACCAUUGAAUUCGAACUAAAUAGAUGCGAUUUGUUGUUGGUAAUUGGUACCAGCGGAAUUGUUUAUCCGGCCGCUGGAUACCUCUCGUGGGUUUCGUCUCGUGGGGGUAAGGUGGCGAAUUUCAAUGUCGAAGAAAUGGAAAUGCACUCUGAUGUGAUAGAUUUCGAAUUGUGA